AUGGCCCGUCAUCCGCACGCUCUUCCGUCGCAGCAGCAGCAGCAGCAGCAUUCGCAUUUGCAUCCGCACGCACAUGAACGCCUCGAACUUGAUAUUGAUCUCACCGACGCUCCUUCCGGAUCUAACUCGCAACCUGGUCCGUCUUCAGGUGGUGGGCUCGCCGUCCCAUCUGCUGCAGCAUCGACGACAGGUGCGCCUAACGCCGAUCAGUCAAUCGACGAAGAACCCUUGUACGUCAACGCAAAGCAGUACUACCGCAUCCUCAAACGCCGCGUUGCGCGUGCCCGUCUGGAAGAGCUGCACAGGCUUUCCCGGCAGCGCAAGCCAUAUCUUCAUGAGUCGCGCCACAAACACGCGAUGCGUCGUCCGCGCGGUCCGGGAGGACGUUUCUUGACCGCAGAGGAGAUCGCAGGAAGAAAAGCCGCGGAA